CUUCCCCCAAGUCUGGCCCGAUCGCAAACCAACGUCCACACCCAACCUGAACAGCCAAAGAACCCCUUACAAUGUCUCAGACACAGUUCAUGGUUAUUGUCGAAGAAGCACCGUCGAGUGAAGAAGGAAAAUCACACAACGUUCGGGUUGGCUGCAAAGUGUACUCCAAAAGCGGAGAGCAGCUCUCCCAGGGAUCCAUCAUUAGAAAUCUUCCGAUCUCACCCCUGCUCUUGAGCCAGGAAAUAUCAUGGGCCAUUCAGGGAUACGUCAAAGACCCAUUCCAAUCGCAUCGAGCCGAGUUGGCGUUCAAGAAUUUUAAGGAGCACGGGAAGUUCUUGACCAAGAAGUUGAACCUCGUCGGUUGCUUGGAAGAGACUUGCGGCCCGGUACUAAAUGUCACCGAAGUUGACAUCCAGCUCAACAUCGUCGAUAGCACUACUGACACAAACGGAAAUCAAGUGUCCAACUCUCUGCAAGGAAUCCCGUGGGAGAUGUUGGAGUCGCCGCAGAUCGCCUCAGCUGGUCCCAGGAUCCACGUCCGCAGAGUCUUGGACGGGAGUUCAACCGGCAAAACCCACACUAUUGAGAAACUCAACGUCCUUCUCGUCACAUCACGCUCCUCCGAAAGAGCAGACAUUCCGCACCGUGUUGUGUCGCUCCCCUUAUUCUCGAUUCUGCACCAACUCGAUAAUCGUUUCGUCGACGUGCGGCUCCUCCGUCCAGGUACACUUGAUGCAUUUUCUCAUGCUCUGAAAGUCGGCAAAUAUGACAUGGUGCACUUUGACUUGCACGGGAAGGUGGCUGACUUUGGGCACGGCCAACGCCCAUAUCUCUUUUUCGAUGGGCAGGCUGUCGAAGGAGCGGUCGUGGCGACUCUUCUCAAGAGCCGAGAAGUCCGUUUGGUUACCCUCAACGCCUGUCAAAGUGCCUUCCUCCAGGGAGAUUGUCAGACCAAUCUUGCAGCCAUGCUGAUGGGCGAUUCUGUCGAGGCCGUUGUCGCCAUGUCGCACGAGAUAACGCCAGCUGCAGUAGGCAUUUUUCUGAGAUCAUUUUACCAAAGCUUGCUUGUCGAUGGCCAAGACAUGGUAAUCGCCGUCACCAAGGCCAGACGUGCCCUCGAAGUUUCCAAACAGCGCGACUCGGCUUUUGGUUUCCCGGUCUGUCUGGACGACUACACGGUACCACUGCUCUACCAGGCAUCGGCUGGGGAGAUUCGAGUGAGGGUACCCAAGAAAGAACCUGCAACAAAUCGAUCGAACACUGUCUCUUCACUCCUUUCCGAUCAGUCGGUUUUCGGAAGGGAUCAGCAGAUUUUGUUGCUGGAGAGCUACCUCAUCAAGUCAAAGGUCGCUGCACUCACGGCCUUUGAAGGGGAGGGCAGGGCAACCCUGCUGUCUUGUCUAAAGCCGUGGUGGAUUAUCACAAACUUCGUCCAAGGGGUCCUCCACAUCGACUUUCGAACCACCCCGUCAUGCUGGGCCGGCGGCGGUUCGGAACCACCAACCAUCGAGACCAUCUGUCAAGGUCUUGUGGAAUUCCGACCUGGCCUGGCCGAGAAACCCACGCCAGCGGAGCUGACGAUUGAUUUCCUCCGAAAUAACCGUUAUCUCGUGUUGCUGGAAAACACCGACUACCUCAAACCUCGCCCUACCGCCAAAUCCAAGCUUGGAAAGGCACUAAACGGCUUCACGUCCGCUUUCUUUGACCCCGAUUUUGCAAGCCUCCUCCUCAUCACGUCGACAUCGACCGAAGCCUGGGCGAGCUGCAGGGUCCGAGAAGCAAGAAGAAAACCCCGGUACCAUUCGCUCACCACCGACUACUUCGACCAGAUGAAGGUUGCCACUGGGAUACUGGGAUGGGGUGGACCUGAAAUCCAUGGCAGCAGUGGAUUCCGCUACCUCCAUCACAUUAUCCAGCUCUGCUCAUAUCACCCGCUCGCAAUGAGAACCCUCCUGCCGCGCCUGUUCGCCACAGGCUCGUCCGCAAGGGAUCUCUUCUGGAAGCUUCAGAUAUCCCCAAUGCACCUCGAUUGGGACUCUGGGGAUCUUUCCAAGCUGUGUGUGCGCUUUGCAGGUGCUUGUGAGGAGCUCGGGGCCUUUCUCAGCAUAUUCAUUCCCAUCCACAGCGCCUGUACCACGGAUUAUAUCCGCCUACAUAUCCACCGCAACCUUGACACUAUUCCGUGGGCUUCCCGACCGGAACUGGAGUCCGAGCAGCGAGUCAGCUGCGCGAUGGAGUAUCUGCUCAUGACACUUCGCGACUGUGGCAUCGCUCGCUUUAGCGACUGGGCCUACGCCGAGAAGAUCCAGCUCCAUCCCCUUUUCUGCAUCUACUUGCGGGACCGAGUGUUUUCAUCCUCACAGUGUCAGCAAUCUUUCAGGAGCCUCGCCAUGUACCACCACAACUGCGCACGCCGCUGGGCUCAGGAGGAUAUGGUCAGCCCUGUUCAGGCGCCGGACUGUUACGCUCACCAAUAUCUCGCCCACUUCGGUGCGCUGCACUUCAUCUUGAAGCACCCCGAGCUGUCCGAGGCGGACCGGCGAACGUUUGAUCUGCCGUGGAUCAUGGCCACUGUCUACUGUGGCAAGACGCGCGAGGCGCUGUGGGAAGAAGAGGAGGUAGUGAGCGACCUCGCUCACCAGGCCUUGCCGUUCUUUGUGCCCGGAUUGAAGUGGGUGGAAAACAAAGGGUGCCAUAUCCUGAAUGCCGCGCUUCUCCACAGCAGGAGCCGAAUCAUGCCCCUUGAGGACUGCCUCCUCGUGCUCCAGCUGCUGCAGUGGGUAACACUGCACUAUUUCAGACUGAGCACGCCAACCGCUAGGCAUGCCAACUCCUAUAUCAGUCUGAUCCUCGAAAAUAAAAGCCUGCUGGCAGGGGAAGCAGACGAGGGAUCUGCGCUGCUUCGCUUCAUCAAGGCUGUCUCCGGGCUGGCGGAAGCUGAGAUGGGUGGAUCCAGGUUGAACUGGGCGCAAGCGGACUACGGUGCUGUGUACGAAGCACUCCAGCACACCGACGAACUCGGAAUCGACCCGGUCCAGCUUCUCUUCCUACAAACCUGGGAUCAGGACUUCCGGUUCAGGUUGAAUUGGUAUCAGCUUGACAUCCAGACGGCGAAGGAGAACAUCUCCAAUUGGCAACACACCGAAUAUUUCGUAAAAUCUGCCUUGGAUGAAAGGCUAGUGGCAUUAAACGACGACUCAGCAUACAUUAAAGCGAUCCAACAUCUACGAGACAGGAGACCCGACCUGUAUCAAGACGAGAGAUCAGCCCUGCUACGUACCAUGCGCGAUUCAAGCGAGAGGAGUGAAGUAGAUCGACUCCUUCACACACUCUAUUGCCUCCUUAGUAUGAGUGAAGAGGAAAAGGACUGGAAAGCGUGCCUUGAUUUCCUCGACCGCAUAGAGACUACCGAGCUGGACAUCAGGAACAAGCCGGGAUACGUCGAAGGAGAUCGGGAGAAACACUCUUCCGAGGCGUGGCGAUGCAGGAUCCGUGCACGGUGCUACCGCAACCUCGGCGAUGACAACAGAUCCGAAAAGUACAAAUGCCAGUCCAUGGCCGCCGCAGAUCAUGCCAACCGACUUAGGACCGAGCAUGACAGAUUCCUAGAGUCCCAGCAGGCCAACCGCCAGAGACUUCUAUUUGACUGGUCCAUCAACUCCACACAAGACCGUCCGAGGGAAAUAAACGACUUCUUCACCCGCCCAGACGUCAGAGAUGUUCCUAUACCGCAAGAGGACCUCGAAGAGGACCGGGAGUAUGACCGAGGGCUGGACCAUCUCCUUCGGGCAGUCGAGCCGCUCGGCGGCUCAGGGCCGAUGAGAAGGAUACCGGUAAACCCACAGCCAUUGAAUUCGUCGUACCUUCAGCGACCGUUUCUCAUAGCUGCUCGAUGGCUGACGGUGAGUCGCUACCUUUGUGUUGUGACAGGGAGAGAGGAGAGUCCAACGCAUCGGCUGCCAAGCUUCGAUCGCAUUGGCACAGGAAUGGAUUUGUUGCUGGACCUGGAGUCAAUGCAGGUGAGGGUGUUGGUCCAAGACCUAAAGUCCAACGGCUUCGAUCCCAAGAACUUGACCACGACGCAGUUUUUGAAGAUGAUGGGACUGGACUAAGCAGAAAUCUGUGAUAGCCAUGGUGUAGCCAGCACGUAUCUCAUGAUUCCCACUUUCAUAGGCCUUGGGCGAAGAGCGAGAGGACGUUUCCGGCUUUUCCGGAAGAUUAGCCUUGAGAACCGCGUUCAAGUUGCCAAUGUCAUGGACGACUUGAACCCGAAAACAUGUGAAGAACUGGCUAUGGGCAGUGAGCAUGGCAAGCAGCAGAGCGUGACAACCUUAUGAUCUGCUGAACCCCCAUGUGCAUGAUCAGACCACUGGAGGGACUGAGGCGACAUAACUGGGCAGCUUGGGUCCGUGCUAUAUCUGCUGCAAAACUCGCA